UAUGCAAACAACAAAACCGAGCCAAUGCUGCCAACAACAACAUCAACAACGAUUCCAACACGCGCGCAGUUGGCGUGCGGCAGUUGGCCAUAUCUACAGCAUGUGGCGCUGCAUAAAUCGGGACCAUUCACAAGGCAAACGACAAGCGACAUUAACAAAACUAACAACAAGAUCAUUAACAACAACAACAUCACAAGCAACAACUGCAACAGCGACAUCAACAAAACCAACAUCAACAUCAAUCCCAAUGCCAACACCAUCAAUUUGAUCACAAUUAGAAAUAUGAGCAUUUAUGAUUAUUUACGCCAACAUUUCAAUGCGGCCGGCAAACGCAAUCGUCGCUAUUCGACGGACAGCGAUGAGGAUGUGCCUCCGCCCUCGCCAAAGGUGCGCAAACACAAUCAUUACAAUCACAAUCACCACAACAACAACAACAACAACUACAACAACAAUCAGCAAAAGAGUGAAAGCCACCAGGGGAGGAGGGAGCAGCACGGCAAGCAGAGCCCCAAUUCUAAUAUGCAUAAUUAUGAUAUAAGAUUUUUUUUCUAUAUUAAUUCGCUUAUACUAUUCACAAUGUCCUGCCGUCAAGUCGAGGGCGAGGAUCUGAAGCAUUUCAUUGUUAAGCACAUCAGAGAAUUCGAUCGGCUGCGCCGCAAGGCGCGCAAGCGACGCAAGCGUAAAACUAAGCCAACAACUUCAUUGCCAUUGUGAGAGCAAAGAGAAGUCAAAGCAA